AUGCUCCAUGGCGCAUCUGCUGGUGAUGGACUAUGUCUUGGUGUGAGCUUGUUGUACCGCGAUCGAAACCAACCACCGCCUCUAUUUGCCCUGGUUCUGUUUGCGCCUAUGGUAGAUGAUGUCAACGAUUCCGGUUCUGCGCAUGCGUUUUCCGGUGUGGGUGUCUGGGACCGGGCGGUGAACGGUCAGGGGUGGGAUGCUCUAUUGGGGAGUCGCAGAGGGACAGAUGAUGUCAGUAUAUACGCAGCACCGAUUCGAGCGACGGAUUUCUCAGGCCUCCCGACGAUGUAUGUCGAUGUUGGAUCUACGGAGACGUUUCGGGAUGAGAAUGUGCUUCUUGUGCAGAAGGUGUGGCGGGAUGGAGUCCAGUGUGAACUGCAUGAAAGCUACGAAGACGCGGUUGGGUUGGUUUAG